UGAGUUUCCUAAAAAUUCUUAAAUUUGAAACAUGGAGAGAGAUUGAGCUAUGCAGUUUAUGUUCUCCAAGAAUUAGAGAAAGAUAAUGCUGAUAAACCUGCACUCAAAAUAAACAUAUUGUAUGAUGUUGCAUGCAUGUUGGUGAAACACUUACAGGUUAAAUUUAGUCCCCGUCGUAAAGAAGGAUUUGGCCUAACUGACGGUGAGAUGUUGGAGAGAUUGUGGGCUUACAUUCGCAAAUUUAGCAGAAUGACUAAAGAAAUGCGUCCAAGUCACAGAGUUGAUGUACUCAGUGAUGCUCUUUUACAUUAUGGAAAGAAAACGAAGAUUAAUUUAGGCAAUUUGCUGAUGGCAAGGAUGAAGCGAGCUGUUGACGUGGAAGAAACUGCAAAAUCAGAUAUUGAAAAGUUAUGCAGGUGCUUUCCGUCUCACAGGAUUUCAAUAGAUGAUAUUCGUGAGUGGAUGAAGGACGAAUCGACUUUUUUUGGUCGUGAAGUUGAGACUGAAGAAGAAGAUUGGAAAUGCAAGUACGUUAUAUACCUGGACUUGUACGCUGAUCUUUACCAUCGAUGGAAUGGUUGCACUGAUCCAAGUGAACUGACUGUUCGAUUUAAUCAGAUGAAAAAAUUGACGAGCAGUUGAAGAUCAUGGAAAGGGAAAACUCAAUUUCUGCACGCUGGCAAAAUACUGACUCAGAGUACGAAAAUGCAAAACGCGAGGUUGCGUCUAGGAAAGAAAAACGUGUUUUGUCUCGAAUGAGGAAAAAUGUUGUUGAAAGAUGGUUUCUCCUAAAUCUUAAGUCUAAAUACUGUGAUGGUCAAGCGUUGGCAUCCAGACUUUCGAAGCAAAUUACUCGAGUAACAAAGGAUGUCAAUAAAGAUAUCGCAGCUUAUAA